CCCGCCGCCGCCACCGCCACCGUCAACACAUACUUGCGCGCACUUGUACACACACGCACACGCGCUAUCAGGAAAUGUGGGAGGUCGAAUAGUCUGCCUGUACACUUAGAAGUAGUUUUCUACACAUGUAUGUACCCUGACCUUUUUCAAAUAAUACCUUCAGUUACGAGCAUGGACCGACUUGCUGUCCAGUAUAAACUCCGUGGAGCUUUACUCAACAGAACUAAUAAUAAUAAUAAUAAUAAUAAUGAUAAGACUCAGCCGCCACAAUCGAAAACGAACGAUUCUGAAAUGAACGAUUCAGAACAGAAAACUGUCGGAGAAAAUAGAGAUACUUCAAAAGCAGGCAGUGACGGCUUACUGAGGCGUGUCUCUGGAGGGAGUCAGUCCAUCAGAGAGAACCUUGAACCUGAACUUGAACACAAAGCUCGUAAAGUGAGCGAACGAUUCUCUGAAAAUCUUCACAUUAUCACAAACGAACCUUCCCUGGCAUUUUUCCGAAUUCAAGAACAUGUCCGCAAGUCUCUUCCACAACUGGUAGAGCAAAAGCAUGAAGUCCAAGAAAUCCAUCAAAAUGUUCAAGGUGCCUGUUUUGAUACAGAAUAUGCUAAAAAUGCUGUAAAUGCUAUGCAGAACAGUAAUGUCCAUUUCCAGAACAUUCAAGAUCUCCUGAAGAAUGCCAUGUUCAUGAAACAGCAAAUAGAAUAUGAAGAAUCUAGAAAAACUACAAACAAUACAAACCGUCAGGAAAAGAAAAUGACGCGAUCCCGUAGCCAUUCCAAGCCAGACAAUAGCAGAAAGUCCUCAGCUUCAGCUUCUGUGAAAUCCAAACGUGCAACAUCUGAGCUUGCUAAAAAGCCUUUGUGAAAUUGUAAAAUCUGAACUCCCUGUUUCCUUCUGAUACUCCCUAAUUUACUGUAACCCUGAUUUCUCUAGCAACCAUCCUAUUUCACCAACAGAUUCUUACUAGAUGUACUUUAAUUUAACAACUCUAUGAAGCAUUAUCUUAUUCUAAUUUAUCAACUUCUCUUUAGUAGUACUUUAUUUCAUCAUAGUACUCACUUUUCUAAAGGAGUACAACUUAAAAUUAAAAUUAGCAAAUUUCAAGACCUAAAAAAAAUACUUUAAAAAAAUGUAAAAUUGUUUUCUGAUAUUUGUUGUUAAAUAAAUGAGAAAUGUGAAGUAUUUAAA